AAGGCCUAAAGGCACGCGGGUUGUGAAACAAUAAACAAUUUGUUAUUUGUAUCUUAUAAAUCUAAUCUUUAAAGUGAAAUUUUCGUAUUUGGGGUUUUAAAAAGUCCUUAAAGUUAUCUUUAUCAUGGAUGAAACAACGCCAUCAGUUAGCCUUGUAUCUUGUAUGCAUUUUGUUCGUCGUGGUGUAGCUAAGGCUGUACCAGAAAAGAUAGAAUUGACUGAAAAGGAACUAGAAAAUAUUAUAAAACAGACGGCUGCCGAUUUAAGGAUAACAGAGAGGGCAGAACAAGGUUUAGAUGACAGUGAUUCUGAAACAAAUGAAGAUAAUGCAGCUCCAGUACCUACUGAUCCAAAUGAUGAGUUUAAUUUUGCAAAGUAUGAUGAUGAAGAUAAUCUAAGUAAUCCCAUUGGACUAGGAACAAUUGCAACCUUACCUAAUUUGGGAGACCUAAGUGAAGAUGUUCAAAUUAGGACAGACGGCCCUGACAGUGAUGAAGAAGAUGAUAUUAUUAAAUCAGAUGAUAACUUAUUAUUAGUUGGCCAUGUUGAGAGUGAUGCGAGCAUUUUAGAAGUUUAUGUAUUUAACAAAGAGGAAGGCUCAUUCUAUGUCCACCAUGACAUAAUUCUACCAUGGUUCCCGCUGUGUAUUGAAUGGUUGAGCCAUGACCCAACAGAUCCACAUCCUGGAAACCUUUGUGCUUUGGGUGGCAUGGACCCUAUUAUACAAUUGUGGGACUUAGACAUUGAGAAUUGUCUUGAACCAGCAUUUAAACUUGGUAAAAAGCCGAAUAAAAAGAAGAAAAUAAAACGAGUGGGUCAUAAAGACGCCGUGUUGGAUCUCUCCUGGAAUAGAAAUUUUUCGCACGUGUUGGCGAGCGGCUCAGCUGAUAAUACCGUAUUAUUGUGGGAUCUCGAUCAGGGCACGCCUCACACUACAUUAGACUACUUUGAGGAUAAGGUCCAAUCUAUAACGUUCCAUCCUCUGGAAGCGCAAACGUUGUUAACGGGCGCGUGCGACGGCCGCGCUCGUGUCACCGAUUGUCGUACGCCCACAGCCUGCCGUGCAUGGUCAUUGCCUACAGAAAUCGAGCGAGUCGUAUGGGACAGACAUAAUCCAUUCUGUUUUGUGAUGAGCAACAACACCGGUAAAGUGGCCUAUGUUGAUUGCAGACAAGAUGAACCUUUGUGGAUGAUCGAGGCUCACGAAAAGGAGGUCACAGGACUCGUGAUUAGUGAUAAUAUUCCUGGCCUCAUGAUAACAGUGGGUACGGAUGCUAAAAUGAAGACUUGGGAUAUAUCGAGCGGUGCGGUUCAAGUAAGCGAGCGACAGUGUCGCGUGGGUGCUGCCUUGUGUACCGCGGUUUGUCCCGACGAUCCCUUGUCGCUGGCUGUGGGUGGGGACAACAAGCAAUGUUCCAUUGAGAUGGUCGAUCUCAGCGUUAGUGAACAAGUAACAGAGCGUUUUGGAUCCCGUCCCCGAGUUGCCAUACCGGCUGAAGAUAAUAACUCUAUGGAAUCAUAGUUUAUAGACAUUUUCAAUAUAUAUAUAUGUUAUCUA